UGAGGGGGAGAGGUGGCUUAACUGUGGAUUGACUGUGUUUGCUGCUGCAAUGUUUUGAAGAGAAUCCAACUGAGGCUUCCUUCAUCAUUCAAGAAGUGCAACAAGGUCCAGUCUAGCAGUCCAACCAUGGGGUGGGUGCAGUGGUCUUUGAUGAUGACGCUGCUGAGCUUUUGCAGCUCAGCUUAUGCUUUUCAAAUUGAUGCACCCGAGGGAUCAAACGUCACUCUUGGCUGCAGGUACACGAUUUCCUCUGCCAACGGGUACUACGAUAUCGAGUGGUCGAAGCGACUUCCAAACAUAAGAGAUGAAGACAGGCCCAUUAUUUGGCUUACUAAGGACAAGAAGCUGUAUACUGAUCUGUACAAACAAAUGGAGGGCAGGGUCUCCUUCACGUCUCCUGACCCCCGCAACAAAGAUGCUUCCAUAACCAUCCAUAAUUUGCGUCUCUCAGACACGGGGACGUAUGUGUGCAGCGUGCGAAAGUCAUCUAAAAUCUUCAAGAGGAAAGUGAUCGUGACAGUUUUUGAGGAGAUGGGCACGGCGGUGUGUACCGCGAAUGACAAGCCAGUGUGUACUGUGGAAGGGGAGCCUACGAUGGGUAAGGAUGUGACGCUCAAAUGCAGAUCAAAUGUCAACUGGGUGAGGUACGCAUGGAAAAAGACCAAUGGAAACCAGACGUUGCCUUCUAAAGCCUAUGUGGACACCACAAGCGGUGACUUGGUUGUAAAGAACUUCACAGAGGACGACUAUGGACAGUAUCUCUGCACAAUGAAAUGUCUGAUUUCCACCAAAAGCUGUCUGGUCCCACUCAAGAAUCCACUGGCACCACCGAGCAAUGGAGUUGAAUCUAAGAUGUCCCCUGGCAGUGGAGCUCCAACAACAGUAGCGGCCGUGACGACCGCCAUGCUUUUGCUGGCCACUGUCUGUGCUGCGGUUGUUAUCUGGUACCGGCGCAGAAGAAAUCGUAUGUAUAUCCCCAAUGAAACGGAGGAGGUGGCGCCCUCUACUUCCAACUGGCUGACCACAAAGAGAGCCAAAGCUCUGUCUCAGCAAUCAGACAGGGGACAUCUCUUCUCUGACGAGGGGGAAGCUCUUUGAGGAGGACCAGGACAUGCGGCGGCAACAUCAUUUCUUUUCUAUACUGUUUGUCCUUUAUCAGUUUUUUAAAACUGGCUUUGUGCUGUGUUGUCUGUCCCAUACACCAGGGGGUCUCCAACGACGCAGUGUCUAAAAUUCUGACAUUAUACCAGCUUAUAAAAUCAAAUAAACAUUUCUGAUACUUCA